GUUCUGAGCACAGUUAGCAUGUUUGGACGAUGCGGCGUCUUUUGAGAGCAGAGUGAUCAUAGAAAAGUAUUCAGAGCUGACUUUCGUUUCCUUCCUUGACUCUUGGAUGUUUGUGAAAUGUCCCAGCUGGAUCUUUCAGAGGAACCACAGGAACUGUGGAGCAGUCAAAAUGAGGAGCACCUUGAAGGUCCAGGGAAGUCUGAUAUCAUCAAGUUCACUUUUGCUCCUGCCCCUGUAAAGAGUGAAGCUAAUGCAGAGAAUCCUGAGUCAUCACAGCUUCAUCAACGACAAAAUGAACAGAUGGAAACAGGAGCUCACGAAGAAGAGUGUGGAGGACCAGAUGCAGCCAGGCAAUUUGAUCCAGAGAGAGAUUUACUAUCAGAGAUUGAGGUCAAGAUUGAAGACUCCUCUGAACCUGAUACUGAUGACAGCACUGACUGGGGGGAGAUGACAGAGCACCAGUCGGGUUUAAACUCAGUGGAAAACGUCAACAAUAAAAGAUCGAAGACUGAUAAGAAAUCCCACAGCUGCUCUGAGUGUGGUAAAGUGUUUUACCAAAAAAGUCAUCUUAGAGAUCACAUGAGAAUUCACACUGGAGAGAAACCCUUCAGCUGCCCUGAAUGUGGUAAAAGAUUUAUACAACAGGGAAGUAUGACUGUCCACAUGAGAACUCACUCAGGAGAGAAACCAUUUUGCUGCUCUGAGUGUGGUAAAUGUUUUAGAUACAAAGAUUAUUUGACACAACAUAUGAGAACUCACACAGGAGAAAAACCUUUCAGCUGCCCUGAGUGUGAUAAAAGCUUUUUCCAAAAGGUUUAUUUGACAGAACAUAUGAACACUCACACAGGAGAGAAACCCUUCAGCUGCCCUGUGUGUGGCAAAACAUUUACCCAUAAAGGAAGUAAGUUCAAACACAUGAGAAUUCACUCAGAAGACAAACCCUUUGGUUGCGCUGUGUGUGGUAAAAAAUUUACCCAAAAAGGAACUAUGAUAAGUCACGUGAGAACUCACACAGGAGAAAAACCCUUCGGCUGCACUGAGUGCAGUAAACGAUUCAACAAAAAAGACCAUCUAACAAGACAUUUGAGAACUCACACUGAAGAGAAACAAACAGUCGAAAAAAAAAACCUUCAUCUGUACUGUUUGUGACCAAAGGUUUCCUUGGUUUUAUCACUUAAGAGUUCACAAGUGUGUUGGUGGUGCUCCAGAGUCACUUCACAACCAAACUGAGGAGAAAAGAGGCACAGAAACUGGAGCUGAUGCAGAGGACUGUGGAGGAGCAGAAGCAGGAACAUAGGUAUAAAGAGUAAUUUAAAACCUGACAGCUUUUCUGAACCUGAGGCCAAAGACUGAGACGUUUCAGCCCAGCUCAUUGUCUUAAACUUUGAACCUAUACUGUAUGUCAUAGUUGACCAUAUAAAAAGAUACAAAACCAAUCAAGCAAACAGCCCUCCUUUUAGCCAUGGUGUGCAACAGCUUUUCUAUAGUAAUAUAAAAUGGGAACUGUAGUGACUUUAUAAUUCAUGCUAAGUCAAUCACUGCAUUUCUGGUCUUUAAAAAGUUAAGAUGCCUUAAAUAAUUUAUAAAUGUGGUGUGUGCUAUGAAAUUAUUUCCCUUUUUUAAUAAGAUGCAUGUUUAAUUUAAUUUAAUUGUAUGUAUUUAAGGUUGUUUUGUAAUCAUUCAAUAGUCAAACAAUAUGAAGAAUAUCUUUA